AUGGCACAAGAAUCAGGCCAAGCGUGGUAUUACCAGACGCAUAACAAAGGCAAUAACGCGGGGUUCAAGGCACGUCGGCCGCGGUGAAACGCUUAGCGUAUUACUGCAUUUGGCAUGCGUCUCCUCAACAUGCCGCUCUCGUGGGACCCGACCCGAGUGUACCCUACUCUCACCUUGUCCAUUACGAUCGGCCAUUGCGGCGCAUGAUGGUUCUUGGUUUUCCUUUUCUUUGAAAUUUCCUUUGUCAUUACACGGCAUAUUCUAAUCCUGCACCCAACAGCUCAUCAUGCCAUGACGUGUAUGAUCUGCCUCUACGACUAUUUCAUUUCUCUCCUUUUGUAUCUCUUGCUGGCGUUUUGUCUUGUGUCGUUUUAUUAUGAUGGGAUUUCCCUUUUUUUUUAUACACGUCAAUGGGAUGCGAAAACGGUGUUGGGGUUUGGACAAACUAUGACGACUCAUGGGGCAUAUGCAUGGUGCAUGGUGCACAUGGAUGGAAAAAAGGUAUCAAUGGUCAUACUCUCUUUUAUGCUGUUUCUGCUUGGCUCGCCUUGGCAAUCACCUGUCAUCCCGAGCCUGGUAGCGACGGUACAUGAUGGUUGUAUGAGUAACAGGUCACGGCCACAGAAAUCUCUUAUGGUAUGUGUAUGGGGAUCAAGACGCAACGGCACUACAAUAUCGGGCUGGGAAGUGCAGUUUAGGGACAUAAGGUGGUGUGGAGCAGAUGGGUGUUGGCAGCGCCUGGAAGGCUAAUGAUGGUGGCCCUUGUCCAUUGUAUGAUUAUAUAGUUCCCUAAAAGCUUGUGAUAGUUGAAUAAAUGCAGGCGGCCCUUCUCUU